GUAAAGUCACGAUAAGAGUCAACAGAAUUGGCCAAGCUUCGAACCACACUCACUAGCAAACGAACUCAGUGUAUGUCCAAGUUGUUUGGGCGUUGGGUGGUUUCAGAGUCAGAAGAUGGCAGCAGAUUUAAGAUCGCGUACAAAAACCUUGGCCGAGUUCGAAUACAUUGAAAUUCUCUCCAAGAAUCCAAUACGGGAAGAAUUAUACCAGGCUGUCUUUGAAGAAAACGCCGAAGAUAUCAGUAGUAUUUUGAAAGAGAGAAAAAUAGAUCUUCAAGAAAACAGGCAAUACACUAAUCUUCUCGUAAGAACAGCUAUUGAAAAAUGAUAAAGUUCUUGAAAUUUUGUUCGGAAAUGGAGCCAAAGUUGGUGGUUCGCUUUUCACAGCUGUUAGAAUGAACGCGUAUAAAUGCGUUAAAGUCAUUGUGAAGAUCGUCAAGAACAGCUUCGAUGAGGAUGAUGUAGGUCCAGCACAGACGAAACGCGAGGGUUUUAUCACUCCACUGAUGAUGGCGCUACAGCUAAACUACUAUGACAUCGUGGAGUACUUUAUCGCUGAGGGAUAUAAAAUAGAAGAGCUGGAAGACGAGGAAACCGGGGAAAAAAGUAAAAAUAACCUGAACAUUGACUUGGUAAAAAUUACCAAUACAUUUGGAAUACGUAUGAAGUCUAAACACCCGAGAAAUUCCUUCCCUAAAGAACACAAGGUGCUGUUUAAGAUCAACACGUAUCAGGCAAAGGCUAACCCUCUCUAUAUCUGCUACAUGUUUAUUCACGAGAAGACUAGCGUCAACCCGCUGUUUGAGAUCUUCAGGUUGAACCAAGUUUUAAUCAAACAAUCCAGUCUUGACGAGGAAUUUAAGGAACACUAUAAAGAAGAAUCCGAGAAAUGUGAAGAUUUCGCCGUUGAUUUAAUGGAACAAUGUCGAACCUUCAAAGAAAUCAAGAUGUUGACAGACGUCAUUCCAGAAUUCGAAAAGAAAAAGAGACACGUCCAGAUUAAGAAAGAAGAUGCAAGGGAUUUGACUUUCCUGAACCUGGCCAUCAAAGGGGGCAAUGAAAAGUUGGUAUUUGCAAGAUGGAUGGAUGUGUGUAUGUGUGUGUGUGUAUCUGAUUCAGUUCCUUUGAUUCUUUUCCGUGUAGAUUGGAUCAUUCUAGUCUGGAUUAUGGGRAUGAUCUUUCAAGAAUUCAAGGAACUAUGGAUCCAAGGAAAGAGGCGUUACUUCGGGCAGUGGUGGAACGCGGUGACUUUCCUAAUGAUGGCAUUCUUCGUGGGMUCCUACUCACUGAGGCUGAUUGCGUACGGCAUAACAGGCAACUGGGCUGUUCUAGAUCCCAUAAAAGGCUUCGGUUUCUCCUCUUGGUACCAGGUCAUCUUGCUCUCCAACAGCUUGUUUUCUAUUGGAAUGGUAUUGAGUUUCAUUCGUCUUUCAGGCGCUUUUCAAGCUAACGACAUACUUGGUCCAUUACAGCUUUCUUUGUACCAUCUUAUCCUGGAUGUCUUCAAAUUCAUGGUGUUUUUUGUCUUGAUAUUUUUGGCKUUUGGUUUGAGCUUAAGGAAGCUGUACUCCCACUACAUCAGUACACAGAUGUAUAUGACCAAACAAAGGAGGGCAUUGAACAGUACAAAUUCUGAAACAGAGCACAAGUUUUCAGAUGUUGGAACAGGGCUCUACGGUUUGUUCUGGUCGCUCUUCGGACUAACAGAUCUACAGAAUUUCAGCACCAAAGACGAGAACUUCGCCAUCACCAAGGAAACCGGAGAACUUCUGUUUGGGGUUUUUCAGGUYCUUGCUGUCAUCGUGGCUAUCAAUAUGCUUAUAGCGAUGAUGACGAGAUCUUUUGAUGAAAUCGCGAGUAACGCCACCAAGAAGUGGAAAGUGUCACGAACUAGCCUGUGGAUGUUCUGGGUGGAGAAGGGUAGUAUUCUACCGCCGCCUCUCAACCUCAUUCCUAAUGUUCAUUAUUUGUACCAACAAAUAAAACGAAUGGUGAAAUCAUGUGAAAAGGAGACUUUUGAUGUUGACAUUACUGAUGGAUUUGAGCAUGAGCUGGAGGAGAGUGGUCAAAGUAGCGGCGAAUCCAAGAGACAUCGUAAACUCAAGGAUAUUCUCAAAAGAUAUAUUGCCACAAGGAAGAUAACAGACAACGUUCAUCCAAGGGAUGAAGAACUUAGAAGACAAACUUCUUUGUUGCAGGAGUUAAAAWUGAAAAGCGGGGAUAAAACCUCGAAGACACAUUUAUAGACACUUUGCACUUUGGUGGUUCUAAAUCAUUAAACAAAAAUCAUAGGAAGAGUAUAAACAAAAUAAUACUCAAGUAUUCAUUUAUCAAUAUGAAAGCCAAAAUCGUAAUCUUAAAUCGCAAAUCGCUCACACAAAUUCUAACAUUUAUCAAAAGCCGAUUUUUUUCCUUUUGACGACUUUUUGAUUUUGGUUUUUAACAUUUUUCUUUCCAAUGUUUUCAUUGUUUCCUUCCCAAAAAGAUUCGACCUGCCAUAUUUAUGAAUCAAUGGUUGCUAAUGAAAAACUGUGCUCAUGCUCACACCGUUGUUCGUAGGUGAUUUGAGAAUAUUUGCACUGCGCAGCUGCAAGUUCAACCCAUUAUUUACUAGGACUAGAUUURUAAAUUUCUGCAUUGCACUGCGCACGCUCACACUGCUAUUUACACGCGGUUCUUUUACAGUUGAACAACCAAUCAARAUUUGGUACAUAUUCGAAUGAUAAUAAAUUCAAGUGAAUUUUGUAUGGCCAGAAACAGAAGAACGAUCGGUAAGAUGCCAAGACUGCUAAGAAUCUUGGGUUUCAUAUAGUUGGAAAACUAAAUAUGUAUUCACUUGUGCAGUGAUGUCUACUUCGUUCUCAAAUUCUUUCCUACGAGCCUGAAUGGAAGCAACGACACCAAGGCAGUUCACAAAAUUGACGUCAAAAAUAUCAUUGAACUAGUGGAAAAGAAGCAGAUUAAUUUUUGCGAAGAUUGAAGUACGAUAAACAACUCUUCGGUGAAAACAAUCAUUCGAAAAGAUAAUGGUAAAGUUUUGAAAAUUAAAGUAACUUGAUAGUUUGAUACGGUGUUAGAAGAAUAGUGAAAAGACAGAAAGAAGGAAGAAAGAAAGAAGGGAAAAGAAUGAAAGAAAGUAAGACUGAAGAUUCAAUAUUAAACUGAAUAUGCUGAAA